ACAUCUUGCAAAUUAUCUAUGGUGGGUGGAACUACGGUUGAUUGAUGGAAGGAAUAAAGUAAAUUGUUUCAUUGUUGGUUUUAAUUUAAUACAAAAAUAAAUUAGUUAAGUUAUUAUAAACAUAUAUACCUAAUAAGUGAGUUUAAUGGGAAACUUGCAUACUAGAAAUUCAGAACGCAGGAACCACAAGCAAUCAGUUUAUACAACCCGCGACGGCCCAGCUUUUACGAGUCAGUUCAGUUUGUCCCAUUUCGUCGGUAACCUCAGCGGACGCUCCUUCGUUAGCAUAACUAGCAACCAUUCGGUGUACAGCGCAUCUCGGCCUUGGUCUCGCGUUUCCAGACGAAGGUGGCAUGAAUCAACAUUAAAUAGUCCAUUAGAAGCAAGUAAAACUGCUUGGCCUGUUGCACAUAAGGAAUCAAUUUUUCUUCCAGAAUUCCCAAUAUCAACUGAUCUCCUACAAAAAGACUUUGAAAUAGUUGAAACAAUAGCUAAAGGUGCAUUUGGUGAAGUUUUUAAAGUGAAGAAAAUUGCUGAAGACAAAGAGUAUGCAUUAAAAGUGUUGAGCAAAUCGCAGUUAGUUCAUGAAAGGGCAGUUGAACAAGUUAAAGAAGAGACAAGGAUCCAAACAGUUGUCGGCCACCAUACCUUCAUAGCUGGAGCUAUUGCACACUGGCAGACUAAGAAAAGGUUAUAUAUUGUUUCAGAAUACAUUCCCGGCGGAGAGCUGCUAGCUUUACUAGAUAAGUGUGGAAAGUUACCGGAGGAUAUUGUUAAAGUUUUUGUUGCAGAAAUUGCCAUAGCUUUAGAUUUUUUACAUAAUGCGGGCAUAAUAUAUCGAGAUUUAAAGCCAGAGAACAUUUUAUUGGAUGAAGAUUAUAACAUUAAGUUGAUAGACUUUGGCUUGUCUAAGUGGUUGUCGGUCAGGUCGCGGACGACUACGCUCUGUGGCACACUUAAAUAUAUGGCUCCUGAGAUCCUGCAAAGGGAACCAUAUGGCCAUGCUGUGGAUUGGUGGUCGCUUGGCGUGCUGACUUGUAGAAUGCUGACAGGAGAAUUUUCAGUACCAGCAAUUGCUGAGAAGGAGGAAAAUGAUGAAACUACUGACUCUGUUGAGGCGGAAGGGAGGCUAUCAAAUGAACCUCUCGUACCAGGUGCUUUACCAAAAAGUGCUGAUCACAUAUCGAAAGCAGCGCGUGCGUUGCUUUUGCGACUACUGGAGCGGAAUCCUCGGUAUCGUUUAAAAUCCUUGAAGCAGCUGAAAGAAUCCGCCUUCUAUAUGGGAUUUCACUUUGAAGACGUGAAGUCGAAGAAGAUAUCUCCAAAAUGUUUGUUAGAGCAAUGCAAAGAAACCCAGUGCAAUUUCAUUAACAACCUAUCUACUAAUGUUAUCUUUGAAAACUUCGAACAGAAACUGAGUGUAGUAUGAUUUUCUACAUACCUAUGAAAUAAAGCAGUGAUUUUAGGUCAAAUUUUGUUAAUAAACGUUAUAGAAAUAAAUUAUUAAUUAACUAACGGAUAUAAUUUAUUAUUUCUUCUCUUUAUUUACCUAAUAUAAUGUAUACGUACAUACGGAAUUAUAGAAGGCACAAAUGUUCGAAGAUUCUGAAAUCUAAGUUUAUUGAAUGGAUACAAAUAAAAUACUUAAAACAA